UAAAGGCCUCGCUGUUGGCAUUAAUUUUCGGUUAGGAAGUCGAACUCUGAAGAGGGAAGCGCAAAAGCAGAGAUGUCAUUAACGCAUCAGUUGUCGACCUCGAUGAUCUCUUCUUCAUCCUCUGCUUUCUUGGCACCCUCAAGUUUUAAUUCAAGAACACAAAAUGUCUCUGUUCCAACAUCAAAAAGAAUGGGUACGUGCAAAUGUGUCGUCACACCCCAAGAACAGAUGACUGCUUACAAGACAAAGGUCUCUCGCAAUGCAAACAUGGCGAAGCUUCAAGCUGGUUACCUGUUUCCAGAGAUUGCCAGAAGAAGGGCUGCGCAUAUGCUGAAAUACCCUGAUGCACAAGUGAUAAGCCUUGGAAUUGGUGACACAACAGAGCCUAUUCCACAAGUGAUAACUUCUGCAAUGGCAAAGAGAGCUCAUGCAUUGUCCACUAUAGAGGGUUAUAGUGGCUAUGGAGCUGAACAAGGUGAAAAGCCACUGAGGGCUGCAAUUGCUAAGACCUUCUAUGGUGAUUUGGGGAUUGAGGAAGAUGAUAUAUUUGUUUCUGAUGGUGCAAAAUGUGACAUAUCUCGCCUACAGGUUGUUUUUGGGUCUAAUGUUACAAUGGCAGUGCAAGAUCCAUCAUACCCGGCUUAUGUGGACUCCAGUGUCAUUAUGGGUCAGACUGAACAUUUUCAGAAAGAGUUUGAGAAGUAUCAAAAUAUUGAAUACAUGAGGUGUAACCCGGAGAAUGGCUUCUUUCCUGAUUUAUCCACUACCGGCCGCACUGAUAUUAUAUUCUUUUGUUCGCCAAACAAUCCUACCGGUUCUUGUGCAACAAGGGAGCAACUCACACAGCUGGUUCAGUUUGCUAAGAACAAUGGGUCAAUCAUUGUUUAUGAUUCUGCAUACGCUAUGUAUAUCUCAGAUGAUAACCCUCGUUCCAUCUUUGAAAUUCCUGGUGCUAAAGAGGUUGCGAUUGAGACAUCUUCAUUUAGCAAGUAUGCUGGGUUCACAGGAGUUCGUUUAGGUUGGACUGUGGUGCCAAAACAACUACUAUUUUCGAAUGGAUUUCCUGUUGCCAAGGACUUCAACCGAAUUGUUUGUACUUGCUUCAAUGGCUCAUCCAAUAUUGCUCAAGCUGGUGGUCUGGCUUGUCUUUCACCAGAAGGCCUUGAGGCCAUGCUGGAGGUGAUUGGUUUCUAUAAAGAAAAUACCAAAAUAAUUGUGGAUACAUUUACUUCUCUUGGCUUUAAUGUAUAUGGAGGUAAGAAUGCACCAUAUGUGUGGGUCCAUUUCCCAGGUCAAAGCUCAUGGGAUGUAUUCAGCCAGAUUCUUGAGAAGACGCAUGUGGUUACCACACCUGGCAGUGGUUUUGGACCUGGCGGUGAAGGAUUUAUCAGGGUUAGCGCCUUUGGUCACAGAGACAAUAUUUUAGAAGCCUGCAAGAGAUUCAAGCAGCUAUACAAGUGAAUUCUAGUGUUAUCUGGUUAAAGCUUGUUUUAUGGGAGAGAAAGCUGAAAAAGGUACUUGGUUUCAUUUAAAAAAGGAGGCAUGUCUUCUAUUGAACACUUGGAUAUCGUUAGCUUUGUGAUCUACGGCCAAUUGAUCUGAAGAAUCUUAAACAAUUCCAUGUACUCGGUGCUUUUUUCUCUUCCUUAAAAAGGAAAAUUACUUGAUGCUGUUGUUCAACAAGGGAUGACUCUUUAAGGAGAAAACCUAAAAGGAAAUGCUUUGAUGGAUUCUUAGGUGCAAAAAGUUUAAGAAUCUUGGA